UUAUCUUGAGCGGCGGUUGCUGCAUCGGCUUAAAUACUCUGAUAGUAGUUGGAGGAUAUCUCUGCUGCUUCGCGUUUGUAUCGGACUGCCUUAGAUAAUGGUAUGGUGCCAUAAACAAGAGCCCAUGAUGAGUACCACAGCAGACACAAACAUCUCCAUAGAUCGCGGUGGCACAUUCUGUGAUGUUCUUGUCCAAAUCCCUGGGCAACCCGACCGUGUCUUCAAACUCUUAUCAGAAGAUCCUGCCAAUUACCGCGAUGCGCCGACAGAAGCCAUCCGACGGGCACUGGAAGUUAUUGAGAAUCGGCAAAUUCCAAAAACAGAAAAGUUAGAUGGCUCGCGAAUCGCGUCAUGUCGCAUUGGCACGACACUAGCAACCAACGCUUUACUGGAAGGAAAAGGUGAAAGAUUCGCCUUCAUCACCACCAAAGGUUUCGAAGACGUUUGUGUUAUCGGUGACCAAACGCGGCCUAAGCUCUUCGACCUGAAUGUUCGCAAAGCCACUGCUUUGCAUGACAAGGUCAUUGAGAUUGACGAGAGAGUAACGGUGGAAGAUUACGAUUUGAACCCUUUUCCUAUGGACAAGAGCCGCGAACUGAAUGAUCCAGCUCUGGUUCGAACGGCGAGCGGCGAAGUGAUCCGGGUAAUUAAACCCUUGGAUACCCCCGAAGUGCGAGACGCUCUCCAGAAACUCAAAGACGACGGAUACGAUUCGAUCGCUAUCGGAUUCAUGCACUCGUACUUGUUUCCUGAUCAUGAGAACCAAGUGGCAUUGCUUGCCCGACAAAUGGGCUUCAAAUACGUGACCACGUCGUCCGAAAUAAGCCCAACCAUCAAGUUUCUGCGACGCAGUAACUCGGUUUCCUCUGAAUCCUACCUAUAUCCCAUAAUCCAACAAUACAUUGCAGAUUUUGAAAAUGGGUUUGCCACAUUGCCGAAAAGAGUCGAAUUCAUGUGCUCUGAUGGGGGGCUGCGAUCAUCACGAAAGUUUCGAGGCAACGAGGCCCUGCUUAGUGGCCCAGCUGGUGGCGUAGUGGGAAUUGCAAAGUCCUGCUUCGAUCGCCUUGAAGGUACUCCGGUCAUAGGCUUUGAUAUGGGCGGUACCAGCACGGAUGUGUCUAGAUACGACGGUAAUUAUGACUAUCUGAGUGAAACGACGAUUGCCGGUCGCAUCAUUACCGUGCCGAUGUUGAAUAUCGCGACCGUGGCUGCGGGCGGAGGAUCCAUCCUGUUCGCCCGUAACGGCCUGUUUGUCGUCGGACCUGAUAGCGCCGGGGCCCAUCCGGGUCCUGCAUGCUAUAGAAAAGGAGGACCUCUCACAGUGACAGAUGCAAAUUUGUUUCUAGGGAGGUUGGUAUUAUCGGCAUUCCCGUCUAUGUUUGGACAAGAUGCAGACGAGCCUCUCGAUUAUGAGGUGACCUCUCGGAAAUUCAAGGAAAUUACGAACGAGAUCAACUUUCAAACAAGACAAAAUCUCUCUGCAGAGGAGGUCGCGUCUGGAUUUUUGAAUGUGGCGAACGAGACCAUGAGCCGACCAAUCCGCAAUGCGACUGAAGCCCGUGGCUUCCACCCAGAGCGCCAUAAUCUUGUUAGUUUCGGAGGUGCUGGUGGGCAGCAUGCAUGCUCUAUUGCCAAUAGGCUUGGUAUCAGACGAAUUUUGAUUCACAAACAUUCGUCGAUCUUGUCGGCUGUUGGGAUUUCUCGAGCUGACUUGCAAUAUGAGUCUGUGGAGCCAUACGUGGGUGCGUUUAAUUUCGAUGCCUUGCCAGGAAUUCGCGCUCGAUUUGAUGCCCUCAAAGACAAAGUGAAAGAUGAAUUGAUUGGCCAAGGCGCUUCGGAAGAGUCCAUACAAUUUGACGAGUCACUUAGCCUGAGAUACAAAGGCACAGACACGAAUCUGGUUAUCUCGAAACCGGAAGAUGAGAACUAUGGUGCCGCCUUCAGAGAGGCUCAUCUUCGAGAAUUUGCAUUCGUGUUAGAACGAGACAUCAUUGUUGACUCUGUCCAUGUUCGUGGAACUGGAGGCAAUGACACCGAUGAUCGGCUGGUAUCUCCCUUAAAAGCUUUGGAACAGGUCAAGAUAGACCCAAAGCGAGCCUCGACAAACAGUUCACAAAAGGUUUUUGUUGAGGGACAGUGGCAGGAUGUACCUAUCUACAAACUUGAGUCGUCCUCUGAUCCUACUAUUGUGAGCGGUCCGGCGUUGAUAAUCGAUUCAACUCAGACAAUUCUUGUCGAGCCACAAUGGCAAGGUUAUAUAUUACUGGAACACGUUAUUUUGGAGCGAUUAUCUGCCGAUACAGCGUCUCUUCCUACCCGAAGUUUGUCUGACAACGUCGACCCCAUUCAGCUGUCUAUUUUCUCCCACCGAUUCAUGUCCAUCGCCGAACAGAUGGGCAAUACGCUGCAGCGAACUUCGAUCUCCACAAGCAUCAAAGAGCGCCUGGAUUUCUCUUGUGCAAUUUUCUCCCCCGACGGAAAGCUUGUGGCCAAUGCUCCACACAUCCCGAUUCACCUCGGCAGUAUGCAAUAUGCUAUUCAAUAUCAGCACCGUCUAUGGGAGGGAAAGCUUCAGCCUGGCGAUGUCCUAAUGACAAACCACCCCGAGUGCGGUGGCACACAUCUUCCUGACGUUACCGUUGUGACACCCGUCUUCGCGAAAGACGACGUAACCAUUAUGUUCUACGUGGCGGCUCGAGGGCACCAUACUGAUAUUGGUGGAAAGGGAAUUACUUCCAUGAUGCCUGAUUCAAAAGAGCUAUGGGAAGAGGGUUUGAAUAUCAAAUCGCUCAAAAUAGUCAGUCACGGAAAGUUUCUUGAAGACGCCGUCCGGGAUGCUUUUCUCCAUGCGGGGACGUUUCCUGGCUGCAGUCCGACUCGUCGACUGGAUGACAACAUCUCCGACAUCAAAGCCCAGAUAUCGUCCAACCAGCGGGGUAUCAUACUUCUGCAGAAGCUGUGUGACGAGUUUACCCUUCCACUUGUUCACCGGCAGAUGUACGCGAUCCAAGCAAACGCGGAAGUUGCAGUGCGGAAGUUCUACAAAGACAUCAGCAGGGCACACCCGCAGCCGCUCACGGCGGUUGAUUACUUCGAUGACGGUACCCGACUUCAAGUAACUAUUAGAAUAGACAAGGACACGGGCGACGCAGUCUAUGACUUCAACGGGACGGGUCCGCAAAUAUGGGGGAAUUACAAUUGUCCUAUUUCCAUCACUCAUUCCGCUGUGAUAUACACAACUCGAUGUCUCAUUGACGUGGAUAUUCCUCUCAACGACGGAUGUCUUGCUCCCAUAGACAUUCGCAUCCCGAAAGGAUCAGUCCUGCGCCCUAGUGCAUCGGUCGCCAUUUGCGGCAGUACACUCGCGAGCCAGCGCGUGAUUGAUACGAUUCUACGGGCCUUCGGUCGAUGCGCCGCUUUCUCUGGAUGCGCAAAUAGCUUCGGCUGGGGAAUGGGUGGCAAGAACCCAAUUACCGGGCAAAUCGAGCCCGGAUGGAACUAUGGCGAAACUGUGGGUGGUGGGUGUGGCGCUGGUCCUUCAUGGAACGGGGAGCAUGCAAUCCAGGCGCACUCGACCAACACGAAAAUCACAGACGCAGAGGUCGUCGAAAAGCGAACUCCGGUUAUUGUUCGUCAACAUAGUAUCAACCACGGUACUGGAGGACAAGGACAGUUUAACGGGGGAAAUGGGGCUACAAGGCUCAUUGAGGCACGGGUGCCGCUCAAGUUUAGCAUCUUGAGCGACCGGCGGGUGUUUGCGCCGUACGGAAUGCACGGCGGAGGAGAAGGAGCUGUGGGCAAGAACUUCCUAUAUCGCUGGAACGAUGACAAAAGUGGUUUUGAGAAAUUAUCCCUUGGGGGAAAGGCAGCGUUGAGUUUAGAGGCAGGGGAAAUGAUGGAGGUCAGUAGUCCGGGUGGUGGUGGAUGGGGAGUUGCCGGACAUUCAUGCUAGCAGGUCAGAGUAAAUGGAAUGUGUACCGACAUACCUUCAACUUGGCUGAUUGAAUCACCGUAAAACAUAGCCAAUUUGCUUCGGUCAGAUUCGGA